AUGUCAUCUUCAAAUUCGCCAUGCGCAGCAUGCAAGCUCCAAAGGCGAAAGUGCACGCAAGACUGCGUGUUUGCACCUUAUUUUCCAGCGGACCAGCCCCAGAAGUUUGCUAAUGUUCACAAUGUGUUUGGAGCUAGCAAUGUUGCCAAGAUUCUGAAUGAACUCAACCCUCUCCAGCGUGAGGACGCAGUAAACUCCUUGGCGUACGAGGCAGAGGCUCGUCUGAGCGAUCCAGUCUAUGGCUGCGUGGGUAUCAUUUCCAUUCUCCAGUACAAGCUGAAACAGAUCCAGAUCAGUCUCUACAAUGCCAAGCAGGAGCUUGCAAGAUUGUCGAGUGGUCAGGCCUUCCACCCUACUCUCUAUCCACCAGGGUUUAUCCCAAAACUACAGCACCUGGACAACCCUUCCUCUUCUUCUUCAGUCUUGCCUUACAUUCCCACUGGAGCUGAUACGCAUGGUAGCCAAUUGGCGAUUCGUGAGACGCAGCGGCAACUACAUCAGCAGCAGCAACAACAACAUAUGUUGCAAAUGCAGCAACAUAUUUUUGAGGAACAAAAAAUGGUUGCGGCUGUGGCUGCCAGAGAGCAACAGGAACGGGAGUUUGUGAGGUUCAACACUGGAUUUGACCCAGCGGCCAACCUGGGUUCGAUCAAUCCCAAUGGGUAUAAUCAAAGGAAUGAUGCUGCUGCUGCUGCCAUGUCUCCUUUGGCUUUGGGCACAUUUGAAAACCCUUACUCAAUUCAAACACAGGUCGCUGAACCUCAACACCAUCUUCAACCACAACAAGGCCAACAAAGUCAGCCUCAGCAGCCUAAGUUGGAAAGCAAGGAGGGUAGGAGUUAG